AUGACUCCCGCGGAGACUGCUACUGAGACUCCUGCUGAGCCCACUGCUAAGCCCAAUGCUGAGUCUCCUACCGAGUCUGCGACCGAGACUGAAGAUGAGCCCGUUUUUAACUUCCCCCGCCUCUCCACCGUUCCUUGCUCAGCCUGCACCUUCAGCCCCGAGCGCCAGCGGUGCUGCUCUUAUGACAGUCACGUCAAGAUCUUCUAUGAAGCAGGCGACCGGGCAACCUGGGCUCUGGGCUCAGACUGGAUUCUCAAGGAUCUUGGUCCCAGACACGCAAACGCGGAGGCUCUGAAUGCGUGCUUUGUGAAGGAAAACACCACUAUCCCCGUGCCGACUAUUAUAGCCGAUCACAAAGACAGCGGCCAUACUCUGACCCUCAUGACCCGCAUCCCUGGCGAGCCCCUCAACGUGGCCUGGCCUAAGCUGACGGACUCCGAAAAGGAGAAAAUCGCGGAGCAGACUGCGGAGUAUCUCCUUCAGCUUCGCGCUCUGCAGUCUGAUUGCAUCAAAGGUGUCGGCGAUCAUCCCACUUAUAGCCACUGGCUAUAUGAAGAAGAUGGUCAAGCCAAUGCUCCAUGUCCUUUUUUCACAUCCGACGAGGAGACUUGGAAUGGCCUGGCAAGGAGACUGAAUCCAGCCGUCCCUGAGAAGGCACGCCGUCGGCUUCGAUCUUAUAUGCCGCCUGUUGAGCCCUUCACCUUUACUCACAAUGACUUGACACACGUUAAUAUUAUGGUCAAGGAUGGUGAGCUGACUGGCAUCAUUGACUGGGAGGGCGCUGGAUACUAUCCUGUUUGGUGGCAGUACACCAGCAACAUCAUAACCCUUGAAGGCGAAGAUGACGCUCAGUGGAAGAGACUCUUGCGCAAGUAUAUGCCCAAGAUAGAUGGUGCCUACUGGUUCUGGGUGUAUUACUAUUUUCUCUGCAGAAAGGAUUUGGAAAGUGGUCCGGCGAAGAAGUUCCUCGACCAGUGCGACGAGUCUGAAGACUCCGAGGGUGAAGCUACCGAAAGAGAAGACUGA